CCAUGUACGCGAUAAUUCGGGAAAAUACCAGCAUAUUUGCAUUCAUAACAUUGCUGCAGUGGACGGUACUGUCUGUGUCAGUACUACUUUUAGUGUUUCUGAACGAAGCUAUAGUCACUGAAUCGUUGUACGUAUAUCAAACUAUCAACCAAUAUGCACGGUUAUUUUUAAUACCGCAGUUGAUGCGAACACACUGAACUCUGAAGGUGCCAUUUCCUAAACGAAUUCGUUGCAUACCGAUAUUAACAGGACUACGUUCUCGAUUGAAAUUUACCGAUAAGAGACUCGAAUCUCAGAGCAAAAUAACAUGAGCUCAUUCAAUUGGAUUUCCGCAUCUCACGGGAAUGUUCCUUAUGGUGCGGUAGUAGCAGGUAAAGAUAUCGACGGUGCUCUGUUAUACACUGGUAGAACUUUCCACGAAGGUGACACGUUGCCUGCUAAAAUUGCACCAAGGUAUAGAACAGCUUUUGUAGCAUUCGCAGGAGGAGAACAUUCCAAAACGAAUUACGAAGUUCUUUGUGGCACAAAUAUUGCCUGGCAGUAUGCAUCAAAUGGUCAAGUACCACACAAUGCCAUUCUGGCAGGACAAACGCGUAAUGGAGAAAAACUUUAUAUUGGUCGAGCUUUACAUAGUGGUGGUUUGAUUCCUGGAAAGGUGUGUAUCUCUUAACUUUGUUUUAUUAGGUACACCCAAGUCAUAGAUGUACGUACAUUUCAUUUGGAGGUAAAGAAGUUGCCUGCAAAGAUUACGAAGUUGCAAUACACUACAACUAUUGAGAAAUGGCGAACAUUUUCAUCUGCCUAAUUUAUUAUUUUUCCUUUUUCAUUUUUUAAAAAUAUUCAUUGAUAGUACCUAACAUAAAUUGCAUUGUUGCCAUAUUAAAUACCUACUUAUAGACAAAUAAAUGAGAAAUCAACUA